CACGACAACGACUGUCACCACCCACUCGCCCCUCCACCACCGCAUCACCGCGACCAUGGCAGACUCCAACGGCGACAUCGCGGCCCAGUACAGCCUCCUGCCAAAGCUCAUCACCAACCUUGACCGCCAUCUCGUCUUCCCGCUGCUCAACUUCGAGGAGGAACAACGACCAGAGGACGAGGACGUUUCCGACAUCACCAAGCUCAAGUAUGCGCUGCUCAAAGAGACCAACAUGUCCGAUUAUGUCGGCGACCUGUACGCACAACUCAACAACUUGAACGAGACCCCGGCCGAGUACGGCAAGAAGCGCGACGAGAUUCUCGAGAGGCGGCGGAUAUACACUGAGGAGACUGAGAAGAUCCAAGGUCUGCUCGGCGAUGCCGAAGUCAUCAACAACUUGCGCAGCGACAAGAACAGCAACAUGGCAUACCUGAAGGACAAUCACGGCGUGACUCAGCAGAUGGUGGACCAGCUGUACGAUUUCGGCCAGUUUCAAUUUGCGUGCGGUGAUUACGAGAGUGCCUCAGAACUGCUGUACCAGUUCCGUAUCUUGUCGACAGACAACGACAAAGUCAACGCAGCAACAUGGGGAAAGUUGGCCGCAGACAUCUUGACCACCAACUGGGAAAGUGCAAUGGAGGAAGUCAUGAAGAUUAAGGAGAGCAUCGACACCCGUCUGUUCAACAACCCGCUCGCGCAACUGCAGCACCGAACUUGGCUGAUCCACUGGUCAUUGUUCCCCUUCUUCAAUCACGAGCCUGCCCGUGAGCAGCUGACUGAGCUCUUCUUUUCUCCCGCAUACAUUAACACCAUUCAAACCUCCUGCCCGUGGAUCCUGCGAUAUCUCACCGCAGCCGUCGUCACGAACCGCAAUCGACCAGGCAGCAAGAACAACUACAACUAUGGAAACUACCAGAAGCAGUUGAAGGAUCUUGUGCGGAUUGUGAGACAGGAGCAGUACGAGUACAACGACCCAGUCACCACUUUCAUCAAGGCACUUUACGUCGAUUUCGACUUCGAGGAGGCUCAGAAGAGACUAUCAGAGGCGCACCAUAUCCUGAGUGCGGACUUUUUCCUGUCAGCAGCUGCGGAGCCAUUCCUGGACGCUGCGCGCCAUCUCAUCUCCGAGUCAUACUGCAAGAUUCACCAGCGCAUUGAUAUUCAGGAUCUAUCAAAACGUCUUGGUCUUGGCCAGGAGGAGGGCGAGAAGUGGAUCGUCAACCUAAUCCGCGAUACGCGCGUUGAUGCAAAGAUCGACUACAAGGCCGGCACGGUCAUCAUGAACCACCCACCUGUCAGCGUAUACCAGCAGGUCAUCGAGCGAACAAAGGGCGGUUUCUUCCGCACGCAAGUGCUUUCGGCUGCAGUUGCGAAGUGAAAAGGGACACGAAUAGAUCUGGAUCCUCGAAAUUUGGCGUUCGAGGCUGUUUGCGCAUGACGAGCUUGCACAACAGAGCUUCGAAUCCUGGACGGGGGUCGCGACGGGCGCACAAAUGGUCACGAUCACGAGGCAGGAGUUUGUGUUUGUGCGUGUGCGUGGUAUGGCAUAGCAUUGGCGUUCUCGGCGUCGAGUGCAGAAAUAAAUGUUCGUUUGGCACGAAAGAAAAGCAGGCGCGGGAUGAGCAUCAUGUGUUACGGCAAGAGCGCUCAGGUCGGACGAUUGAGGGCUCGGGUUAGACAGCCUAGAAAGAAGCGUGGCUAGACGGGAGGCGAGGUAGCACGAUUGGCACGAAAUGUGUGACUCUGAAAUGAGACUGUUCGAAACGACCUGAAGCGCGCCAAUAUCUUCUCCGUCGGGCACACCCUCAUUGUUACCUACUCGUGUGCUAUCGGACUCAACCUGCGCCUUCUCAUUCGAGAUGCCAGUUGGCGAUGUCCAUCGGAUUAUGCAAAGAGCGCCUCUCCGAUGCCCUACAGUAUCAAUGACGAUCGGGACACCAUUCCACACGGGAGCACAGAG